AGAAAUGCUCUAGUGUUGCUCCAUUGUGUGGGGCGAGUGUGGUCAGUGAGAGGAGCAGAUGUUGGCUGUGGAAGGGGACGGCAAUCCCAAUCUAGACCUGGACCAGUAGCCGUCCUGUCAUCUGGAUUGAAUGGAUUCAGGCACCAGGUCCAGGACUCUGCCUCAGCCCUUGCUGCUGCUGUCCCUGAGCUUCCUGCACCCCAACCUCCUUGAGUCAACGUGGAGGAAGAUUGUGAGACCAAACACAGGCAGGAUGAGGAAGCAAAGAGGUCUCAGAAAGCAGAAGUGGGCCCUGGAGACUGGACCCUCCGUGAGGAGGCUUGAAAUUAUCCCCCCUCAGGAGCCUGACAUUGCUGUGGGUGACGUCUGUGCUGCAGACAUGACCCCAGGGGACGGGAGGUCGUGGCUGCCUGCAGCGCUGCUCCUUCUGCACGUCCCAGGUUGUUGGUCUCUGCGUGGCCCCACCUCCGUGACGGGCACCGUGGGGGGAUCCCUGAGCGUGCAGUGUCAGUACGAGGAGAAAUUCAAAGAGAAUGUCAAGUACUGGUGCAAGACCCCAUGUAUGAGGGAUAUUGUGAAGACUGAAGAGGCAGACAAAGAAGUGAGGAGUGGCCGUGUGUCCAUCAGGGACCAACCUGCAAACCUCACCUUCACAGUGACCUUGGAGAACCUCACAGAAGGUGAUACAGGAACAUACCGGUGUGGGAUCGAUACGUCAUGGCUCCCAGAAUAUUUGCUCGACCUCACCUUCCGAGUUGUGUUGUCUGUGACCCCAGGCCCUUUGUCUCUGAGUGGCCCCAGCACUGUGAUGGGCACCAUGGGAGGAUCCCUCAGCGUGCAGUGUCGGUACGAGGAGAAGUACAAGACAUUUACCAAAUACUGGUGCCGACAACCAUGCUUGCCACCUUGGAACCAGACUGUGGCCACUGGCAGGUCUGAGGAAAAGAUGAGGAGUGGCCGUGUGUCCAUCGUGGACCAUGCUGAAGACCUCACCUUCACAGUGACCUUGGAGAACCUCACUGCAGAUGAUGCAGGAAGAUACAGGUGUGGGAUCGCAACAAUACUGCAUGAAGAAGGACUCCAUGGUCUCCUGCCCGACCUCUUUUUCCAGGUUCAAGUGUUUGUUUCCCCCAGGUCCCGGGUUGUCAGCGUCUACUUCCUGCUUCUCAUACUCCUGAAGGUGCCCCUGUUUCUGAUGAUGCUCAGUGUCAUCCUCUGGGUCAACAGAUCUCAAUGGGCAAUUUGUGGGACACAGAGUCGGCCUGAUGAAGACAACAUGCAGCCCUCCUUGUCCAUUGAUAACCUGUCCAGAGACACUGCCACUCAGACUAGAAGAGGAAGGACUUCUGGCCCCAAACCUUCUAUCUCUUCUCACCUUGUUCCCCAAAACCAGUCCCUGCUUAGCAGGGUCCUCUUCCUGCUCCUGGUCAUCCUGAAGGUGUCCCUGCUCCUGACCAUGCUCACUGAUGGACUCGGUGUGUCCUCUCUCCUUGUGGGGAUCCUGACCAAGGGAAGCUUCAGCCCUUCAUUCCUUUGGAUAUGCUGCCCAGACACACAGCCCUUCAGAGGAGAGAAGAGAAGAUUCACCACAUCUGAUUUACCCAUUUUUCUGUUGAUGGCUUAGUGUUGUUUCCCGCUGGGGCUAUUCCACAGCCAGUGCUGCCAUGAACUUUCUUGUACAGGUCACCUAGUCUAUAUGUGACAUGAUUUCACUAGGGUACAUACUUAGGGGUGGAAUUGCUGG